GACAGCUCUGCAAUGUAAAGAAUUUUGAGAUAUCAUAAGGUCAUCUAGAACAAAAACAGAAAAUGCCAAGUGGAAACUUUUCAAACUGCAGCAGACCAUUUGAUUUUCAGCAUACCCUAUAUGCCAUCACUUAUACAGCCAUCUUCAUACCUGGCCUGCUCUCUAACAGUGUUGCUUUAUGGGUUCUCCGAAGUUUUAUCACCAAGAAUAACAAGGCAAUUAUCUUCAUGAUCAAUUUGGCAACUGCCGACCUUGCCCACGUCUUGUCGUUGCCUCUACGGAUUUAUUACUACAUAAAUCACUCAUGGCCAUUUAAACACUUUGCCUGCUUGUUGUGCUUUUAUCUUAAGUACCUGAACAUGUAUGCAAGUAUUAUGUUUUUAACACUCAUCAGCGUCCAGAGAUAUAUCUUUACUGCAAAUCCUUUCAAAGCCAAAGACUGGAAAAGAAGGUAUGAUGUUGGAAUCAGCAUAUGCGUAUGGGUAGUGGUUGGCACUGCAUGCUUGCCAUUUCCAUUAUAUAGAAGCUCUGGAGGAAAUACCUCAACCACCAGUUGUUUUGCUGACCUUGGUAAUAAUCAGAUUAACAUGGUUACCAUGUCUGUCAUGCUGAUUUUUGCAGAACUGUUAGGUUUUAUUAUUCCUAUGACUGUCAUUACUUACAGCUCCCUAAGAACAAGGACACAACUCAAACUGAAUUCCAUGCAGAGCAUGAACAGGAAAGGAAAGGACAAAGCUCUUCGGCUGAUAAUAACAUGUGCUUGUGUGUUUUUUAUUUGUUUUGCGCCAUACCAUAUUAAUUUCUUCUUUUAUGUAAUGGUCAGCACAAAUGCUAUCCAAAACUGCACAGCACAAAAAAUCAUCCUGACUUUUCAUCCUAUUUCUAUUAGCCUAGCAAGUUUAAAUUGUUGCUUGGACCCAAUCCUGUAUUUCUUUACAGCAUCAGAGUUUAAGAGUGAGAUGGCUAGACGUAGCUCUUCCAUGAUCCAUGGUCGUCUCAUGAGCAGAGAAAGUGCUUCUUCUAUCUGAGGCUGAUGAUAGAUAAAAUGUUAAAACUUUUUAUUUAUUGUAAUAUUGAC